UUCAGAUUACAGCACUCGCUUGAUUUUCGUCGCUGCCCCAGCUGAGCUGUUUUUAUGACACCCCGCCGGUCCGCAGUUCUUUCUGCUCCCCUCGAAAGCUGUCCUCCUGCUCGGCUUCGUGGACUUCCGAGGAGCACCGUGGAAAUGACUCUCCUGUCGAGGAAUUAGCGAGUUUUUUGGUGUUGUUGCAUACUUGAAGCCACCUGAAAGUGAAGCCGUGAACCGUUGACUUGUCACCAUGAGAAGCCGGAGCAACUCGGGCGUCAAACUGGACAACUAUGCCCGAAUUGUGCAGCAAACUAUCCUCAGACACCAAGAUCCAGUAACGGGUCUUCUGCCGGGCAGCCCAGAUCAGCCUCACGCCUGGGUCAGAGACAAUGUUUACUGCGUCAUAUCUGUGUGGGCUCUCAGUCUGGCCUACAGGAAGAACGCUGACAGGGAUGAGGACAAGGCCAAGGCCUAUGAACUGGAGCAGAGUGUGGUGAAGCUAAUGAGAGGCAUCCUUCAGUGUAUAAUGAGGCAGCUGGAUAAGGUGGAGAAGUUCAAAUACAGCAGAAGUACCUCAGACUCGCUCCACGCCAAGUACAACACCAGGACCUGUGCUCCUGUUGUCGGGGACAACGAGUGGGGUCACCUGCAGGUCGACGCCACCUCCAUCUUCCUGCUCUUCCUCGCUCAGAUGACUGCGUCCGGUCUCCAUAUCGUUUACACCCAAGAUGAAGUAGACGUAGUCCAGAAUCUCAUGUUCUACAUUGAAACAGCUUACAAAGUGGCUGAUUAUGGGAUGUGGGAAAGAGGAGACAAAACCAACCAGGGCAUCACCGAGAUCAACGCCAGCUCUAUAGGCAUGGCCAAGGCAGCUCUGGAGGCUUUGGACGACCUCAACCUGUUUGGAGCAAAAGGAGGACCUGGAUCUGUGGUCCACGCCUUGGCUGAUGACAUACAGCACUGCCAGUCCAUCCUGACGUCCAUGUUACCCAGAGCGUCCAUCUCUAAAGAGGUGGAUGCUGGAGUCCUGGCCAUCAUCUCGUACCCCGCCUUCGCUGUUGAUGACAUCAGCCUAGUCAACCUGACCAAGGAGGAGAUCAUCUCCAAACUGCAGGGUCGAUACGGCUGCUGCAGGUUUCUGAGAGACGGACACAAAACACCUAAAGAGGAUCCAAACCGCCUGUAUUACGAGUCUGCAGAACUGAAGCUGUUUGAGAACAUAGAGUGCGAGUGGCCUCUGUUCUGGACCUACCUCAUACUGGAUGGCAUCUUUAUCAACAGCCCCGAGCAGGUGCAGGAGUACCAGGAGGCUCUGGAGGGCAUCCUGAUCAAGCAGAAAGACGGGAUACGACUGCUGCCAGAGCUCUACAGUGUCCCCCCAGAUAAGGUGGAGGAGGAGUAUGUGAACCCCCACUCUGUGGAGAGGAUCCCAAUGGGUAAAUGUCCUCUGAAAUGGGGACAGUCUCUGUACAUCCUUGGAAACCUUCUGUCCGAGGGAUUUCUGGCCCCCGGAGAGAUCGACCCUCUUAACCGACGUUUCUCCACCAUCCCAAAGCCUGAUGUGGUUGUACAGGUGUCGAUUCUGGCAGAGACUGAGGAGAUUAAAGAGCUGCUGCUGAAGAACGGUAUAGAUGUGGAGACUGUUGCUGACAUCCAUCCCAUCCACGUGCAGCCCUCCAGAGUCCUCAGCCACAUCUACGCCAGACUCGGUCGUAACCCGAGGCUGGGUCUGACAGGGCGGCCUUACAGGAGAAUAGGAGUCCUGGGAACCUCCAAAUUCUACACCAUCAGGAACACCAUCUUCUCAUUCACACCUCAGUUCAUCGACCACCAGCAGUUCUACUUGGCGUUGGACAACAAAAUGAUCGUGGAGAUGCUGAGGACAGAAAUUGCCUACCUCGCAUCCAGAUGGAGGAUGACUGGACGACCCACUGUCACUUUUCCCAUUUCACAGUCUAUGCUGACUGAAGACCGUACAAACCUGGACCCUGCAGUUUUGGCCACACUCAAGAAGCUACAGGAUGGAUAUUAUGGAGGAGCAAGGAUCCAGACAGGGAAGCUGUCGGAGUUCUUGACCACUUCCUGUUUCGCUCACCUGAGCUUCCUGGAAGGUAAGGGUUCUGGUAGCAUGAUCCGCCACGACGAAGAGUAUGAUGAUGAGGGUGACAGCGAUGGAUACGUGCAUGAAUUGCGCCAUGAUGAUGAGGCCGACGACCUUGCGCAGUACCUGGACCACCUGUUGGCUCACGCUGCCCCCAAGAAGCCCAAGCGGCAGAUCGGAGGUCUGGGGAGGUUCAAGGCUGCGGCUACCAAAACCAAGGAGAUGGUGACUCUGAUGAACAAGGCUCAGAACCUGGACGUACAAAAUGUGAACAUGUACCUGCCGAACAAGCUGUUCCGCUCUCCUCAGUCUUCCCUCAACCUGAACCUCCCAGACUCCUCUGCACAGCAAGAAACUCAGGCUCCGCAGGCGAGCGUCUCAACAGAAAGCGGCAUCCCCAAAGAUGCCAGUGGAGGCAUCGACUACAACGCUUUGGUCCAGCUGCUAAAAGACACGCAAAGUCUCCAGGACCAGGCUGAUAUCCUCUACAUCCUCUUCAAAGACAAGGGCAUGGAGUGGGACACUCUGCUGCAGGGUAAGGGCACCACGGUGAGAUCUCUGCUGUCUGACCUUUAUGAGAAGGCAGGUGAACUCAAACACUGGAGCCUCAUCAGGAUGAUCUCUGGCAUACUGAAGAAGAAGGUGGAGGAGCUCGACUCGGCCUGCUCUGAUUUGCUGGCGCACCAGAAGCACCUGACAGUGGGCCUCCCCCCUGAGCCCAGAGAGAAAACCAUCACUGCUCCCAUCCCUCCUGACCAGCUGGCCGCUCUCAUCGACGAGGCCAGCGACAACAACAUCAGCGUGGCCAUACUCACUCAGGAGAUCAUGGUGUAUCUGGCUAUGAGCAUCAGGACUCAGCCCAACCUGUUCAGUGAGAUGUUCAGGCUCCGUAUCGGCCUCAUCAUCCAGGUCAUGGCCACCGAACUGGCCCAUUCGCUCAACUGCUCAGGAGAGGAGGCCACAGAGAGCCUGAUGAGUCUCGGCCCAUCAGAGCUGAAGAAUCUCCUCCACCACAUCCUCAGCGGGAAAGAGUUUGGAGUGCAGCGCAGCGUUAGAGAGCUGGAUGCCGGCAUCAGUCCUGCCAUCUCCAUCCAUCACCUGGGCAACGUGGGAGCCACCAAGAGUGAGAGAGCCGGCAUCAGCAAACUGAAGAGCGACAUGAAGAUGCUGGAGCACAGGUUGUCUUUGACGGAUCCCAGUAAGGCGGAGCGCAGGUUGUCCUUGAUGGAUCCAUUUAAGGACCCCAGGUUGUCUUUGACAGAUCCGGGUGCAGAGAUGGACCGCAGGGUGUCUUUGACUGACUCAGUUAAGCUCGACCAGUCACUGAGCUUCCCUCGAAAGGGCAUGAGAGCUCAGUCUGUGGACUUAGAAACCUUUGAAUCUGGGAGGUACAGGCUGCCGUCCAUAGAAUCUCUGGAUAUUCCAGACUUUGUGCCAGUUGCCAAGGAUACCAGACAUGGCCAGUGGCUGCGCAGGAGGCGUCUGGACGGAGCGUUGAACAGAGUCCCUGUAGGCUUCUACCAGAAAGUCUGGAAGAUCCUGCAGAAGUGCCAUGGUUUGUCCAUAGAAGGUUUCGUCCUUCCUUCUUCAACCACCAGAGAGAUGACACCAGGAGAGAUCAAAUUCUCCGUCCACGUGGAGACGGUUUUGAACCGCGUCCCUCUGCCUGAGUACCGCCAGCUGUUGGUGGAGGCCAUCCUGGUGCUCACCAUGCUGGCCGACGUGGAGAUCCCGACCAUCGGCUCCAUCAUCCACGUGGAGAAGAUCGUCCACCUGGCCAACGACAUGUUCUACAAGGAUCAGAGGGACCUGGGAGCGGAGGAGCACAUCCUGGAGAGGGACCCGUCCACCGGAGUGUGCAGGCUGCUGUAUGACAGCGCACCCAGUGGCCGCUUCGGGAGCAUGACCUACCUCACCAAGGCUGUAGCGGUGUACGUGCAGGACUUCCUGCCCAGCGGGUCGUGUGCCGUGCAGUGAGAGGGCGACCCAUGAAACCCGAGUAGGGCUGAAACCACUCAGUAGAAAAUGAAGUUAAAGCUAAAACUUAAAGCUAACAUUUUUCACAUUAAAAUAAUAAUUCAACAGUACAUGAACAGGAUCUGUCGUAUGUUGUCGCUAGGCGUGUUAGUGCAGAGUGUGACAGGUGAGAGAUACGUGUUAAAGUGUGUUUUAUUUAUAGACUUUAUGAGAAAAUGAGAGCAAACUUUAGCAACACAUGAACUGUGACAUAUGUUGUUAGAUAAGGUAGCGCUGAGGAGGCGUGGACACAGGGUCAGUCCCCAGUGUUGUGCCAUCCUUACCGUCAUGGUAACCCCUCUUUGCCUGUGCAAAGGUCACAGAGGAAUAAGCUACUGUAUCAGGCUUUGGAUACACCACAAUAUUUGCUCAUUUUAUUAUUGUUUUUGGUCUUUUUGUGGGAUUUUUUCAACAAAAAUAAAAAUAUAGAAUAUCACCAGACUUAUGCUUAAAAUAGCAAAGAUUAACUUUCAUCUGUUGUAACUAUUUUAUGGGGAAACAAUUGAAUUUAAUCAGUAGAAACGAGUGUGAUUUGACAUAACGCAUGUGAGUUUUCACUGAACCGACUGACCUAAUUUAUUACCACAUGUGCUUUGCAUUGCAGCUCACCUACAUAAACCCACCUUACCUCUAACUCUACAUGCUGCGUGAUGUAUAAAAUAACGACAAAUAUAAGAUAAUCUAUCUAUUUAUUUUAUAGCUCUUAAAUGAUAGUUAAAGACAGCUAAAAGUAGAUGUGAGAUGUGUCUUAAUGAUGACGCAAGUCUGUUUGAGAGGUUUCUUGAAUGCCUUAACGUUGUUGCACUUGUAAAAGUAUGUGUGAAACUACUGGAGUGCUGUUUCAUUUUUAACGAUGCAAAAGUAGAAGACUGGGAGAUUAUGUAGGGAUGAAAACCACCUUAUUUUUUAACAGAUUCUGUCCUCUUGAGAAAGAAAAUGCCUUAAAAUGACUGCUUUCAAUGGCUGAACUGCAAUUUUACAGUAAAACUUGUAGCCGUCGGUUUUACAUUUUUAUGGACACAUUUCACCUUUGACCAUUUGCUGCACAAACGGUUUCAGAGUGUAGUUCAUUGAGAGAAAGCAAUGCCUCUUGGCUAAAGUACAAUAAAGCGACUGCUCGAUCAAUUAUUCUGUGAUGUCAGAAGAUGUGAGCGCCACACUCCAUGUGAACCACAAACAAUCAUGGCAGAAUGAGUCUCUACAUAAUAUUAAAGUCUGAAAACAAAGGAAACAUUGAAUUGUAUGUUACCAGAUAUCAGUGUCCACUGAACUGUUGGAUGUUUUUGUUUUGAAGCUAAUUCUGUAAUAAAACCGAUAAAAAUA